UAUAUAAUAUGUUAUUUUAACCUUAUUCAUAAUAUUUAUAUAUAUCACGUUUUAAUUGUUUAACUAUAGUAAUAUUAACAUAUAAUGUGUUGUUUUUUUACUCAAGUAAUUUUUACAUAUAUCAAAUAUUUUCUUUUAUAACGUUACUAGGCUGGUAAUAUUUACAUACAUAAUGUUGUAGUUGUUUUUUUACCUUAGUAAUAUUUACAUACAUCAUACAUUUUUCAGUUUGUAGUUUGUAGUUUUUAUUCAACUGUAUUAGUAGUAAUAUGUACCUACAGUAUAUAAUAUGUGUCCGGACCCCACCGUCAUCUACCAUCGGAUCAUGCAGCGCAGGUGAGUCGGGCAGGCCCCGCCCCCUUCAGCUGCGGCUCAUUAAAAGCUGUAGAAAGCGGAACGAUGGCGUCUGUCCAUCUGAAGAGAAGGCGCCAAACGUUUUCCGCAAGAAAUGUCAACUAGUGGAGUGGAACCGGCAGCUCAGAGCCCGCUGCUCUCCAGGUAUGAACAAGACACGACAUUCACGGUUUGUCCACCUGUAACCCAGAGAAACACCCGGGAGUUACCUGCCCCCCUCCCCGGGCCGGACGAUGAUCUCAGUCAAAUGUUUGAACACCUGAGGCUCCAGACUUGACUGACAAACCGUCCAAUCAGAGCCUGUACCCGCCUCAUGUCCGUCAGCUUCUGUUUCAGCCCGUGGUCGUGUGUUUGUGUGAAGGGCUGGUCGGCCGCCGCCACCGCCUCCUCCGGAUGCUCCGCUCCGGAGCCGUGGCUCCUUCCCGGCUGCAGCUCCGUCUACGACAGCCUGGUCAGUAACAUCUCUCCGGCGUCGUCUCCUCCUCCGGCGAGCGGCCUGCGAGGAAGAGAGAGAGCUGCCGGCAGCAAAGCUCGCAGGCCGUCCAUCCUGGAGCGCUGUAUCCUCAAAGUGUCCACCAGCAGUGUGGCCGUGGGGACGGACGACUUGGACAAGAGGUCUCCCCUCGGACGCUGCUACCCCCGCCUCCUGGAUGCAGCCAACACUGAGACCAACGAAGCGGUUCUGAAGCGCCGGCAGAAACAGAUCCACUAUGGCAAGAUCACCAGCGGCUACCAGAACUAUCUGCAGCAGGUCCCCAAACACCAGAGGGACCCUAAGCUCCACCCGUCCACCCCCAACAUGUACAGGAAGUACAGCCGGCGCUCCUGGGACAUGCAGGUGCGUCUGUGGAGGCGGGCGCUGCACCUGUGGGACCCUCCGACCGACAACCAGCUGGACACCAUCGACGCCGAGGACCCGGUGGAGCAACUGCAGAGUCAGCUGGCGAAGAUGACCUCUGGUCUGUGUGAGGACAGAGGAGACGAGCAGAGAGAGAAGGAGACUCUGGAAUCUUCUGUAGCCUCCUCUGUGUCUCCUCUGUCGGCCGGGACGUCGCUGGAGCUGCAUGGACCCUGGACCGUCCCCUUCUCGCCGGAGGCUGAGACGAGUCACCGGCCGCUCCGCUCUCCGCCCGGCCUGACCUCCUCCCUCAGGAGUCAGCUGACCUACAAGGACAACAUGACUGACUGGCUCCGCCUCCUGCUGGAGGCCGACCACACCCAAGACUUUGGCUCUGAUGACCAGCAGGUUCCUGUGUUUUCGGAGCAGCUCUCCUGGAAUCUGUAUUGACAGUCGGCAGAUCUCCACCGAUGUCCAGUCGUCUGUCCCCGUCGCCACUCAACCGGUUCAACAUCGGUUUAAGUGACUGUCGGGACGUCGUACUGACCCUGAAUGUGUCGCAGUAACGUUUGUGUGUGUGGUUUCCAGUACGUUUGUCUUUUUAAGAUCGCUGAAGAUUUACUGUUACGACAGCAGGAUGCGACUGGUCCUUGAUCAGAGUUGCAUCCACCCCUCCAUGGUCGUCUCUCAGGGUGGGGGUGGGGGUGUGGAUGGGGGGAGGGGGGCACCGAGCAUGAUGCUUUAGUUUGCACUUUAAAGAUUUAUGUUGAGCACUUCUCACUUGCCUCUUGUUUUAGUCCCGCAAUGAUGGAAAAAAAUCUGCCAACGUUUUGUAAUUAACGUCACUUCUUUUGUGUAUCGAUCCCGUUUGUCACUUUCUCACCCCUGCCGGGCCGCCGCCGGCAUCUCCGCUCCACCUUCACCUUCGUGCUCUGCUGGCUCCUCCUCGUCCUCACCGCCAGGUUUUUUCUAAAAACACAACCCUGAUUGUUGGAGGGAAAAGCUGCCGCUUUGUGUUUGUAAGUUUUCUUUUACUUUCUCCUGUCGACUUGUGCCGCUUGAAUAUCGAGGGCAAAGCUGAAAGAUGUGAUUAAUAAUAAAGAUGUUAAUAAAAGUGUCAUGAAUUCAGA